AUGUCAGCCGGCCUACCAAAACUCCUAAAAAGUGCUGCGCGGGAGCUUCCUCCAAUAGAGAGUGAUGAGUUCGGAGCCAAGUUUGAUAUAUUUGGAAAUUCCCGCCUAGUUCUUAUUGGCGACGGGAGCCAUGGGACGUCCGAAUUCUAUCGAGCGCGUGCUGCUAUCACGAAACGCUUGAUAGAAGAGCAUGGGUUCACUCACGUGGCUAUCGAGGGUGACUGGCCAGACGCGCGAUCUAUCGAUCAUUAUGUACGGCAAUAUCCUCGCUGGUCUGAGGAUGUGCCUAUUCGUGCUUUUGAUCACUUCCCGCGUUGGAUGUGGCGGAAUGCCGAAGUACAGGAGUUUGUUGAUUGGCUCCGAGAGCACAACGCUCAGCUGCCUAUGAACCGCAGAACAUCAUUUAACGGGCUCGAUCUUUACAGUAUGGGUUCCUCGAUUCGGGCGGUGGUCGAGUAUCUCGAUAGGGUCGACCCAGUCCUCGCUAAAGCAGCUCGGAAGCGAUAUGGCUGUCUAGAGCCAUGGACUGAUGACCCGCAAGAGUACGGGCGCAAGUCGUUCCACGAGGGCUCAGCUAAAUGCGAGCCUGGUGUGAUCAAGAUGUUACAGGAACUCCUCAAGAAACGGAUCGAAUUGGCCUCACACCCGGAGGACCGCGAAUCCUUUGUAGAUGCCGAGAUGAAUGCUCGUGUAGUCCGCGACUCCGAGAAAUACUAUCGGGCCAUGUUCCACGGCGACAAGACGUCGUGGAAUAUUCGCGACACCCACAUGUUUAACACUCUAUCGCGCCUCCUCAAGCUAAAGCCCGGCUCCAAAGUCGUGGUAUGGGCACAUAACUCGCAUCUGGGAGACGCCAGAGGGUCGAGCAUGGGAGCUAAACGCGGCGAGCUUAACCUAGGACAGCUAUGCCGGGAGAACUACCCGGGCGAGGUCACUAUAAUAGGAUGUGGAACGCACAUAGGAACCGUUGCCGCCGCAGACGAGUGGGAUGAGCCCAUGAAGGUCAUGAAUUUAGUACCUUCGCGACAGGAUAGUUAUGAAAGGAUGAUGCAUGAUACUGGAAUUUCCUCCUUCAUGGUUGACUUGCGCCGCUUGAAGACCGAACCCAUGUUGCAGCGAUUCAUCGGCGUGAUAUAUAGGCCGGGUACUGAGAGAUGGAGCCACUAUAUCAAGACCAUUCUUAGUGAACAGUAUGAUGCCUUUGUUUGGUUUGACAGCACGAGUGCCGUUAACGCAUUUGAAAUAGCACAGCCAAAAGAGGCUUUAUCAAAGGGAGAAACUUACCCCUUUGGAGUGUAG